AUGGUUUGCAACCCAACUAUAAAAGUGCACCUUAAAUCACGAGAGGAUGGGUUGAAAUCUCCAUCAAAUUUGGGAGCUGAGGCUGGGGCUGGGGCUGGGGUUGGGCUGGGCUGGGGCUGUGGUGGGGCUGGGGCUGGGGCUGGGACUGGGACUGGAGCUGGACUGGGGUUGGGAUGGGGUUGGGGUUGGGCUGGGGCUGGGACUGGGGCUGGGGUGAGGCUAAGGCUGGGCUGGGACUGGGGCUGGGGUCAGGCUAAGGCUGGGCUGGGACUGGGGCUGGGGUCAGGCUAA